UAAACAUGUUUCGGCUUAAAGACAAAACCAUCUUAUUGGCAGUGAGCAUGAUUGCCAAUGCUGUUGCAGUCUUUUUCCUCUUCGUUAUAAUAGCUGGAGUCUCCGGAGCUUUGUCUCUGAUCCGGACAGUCGUACCUGGCGGCCAUUUACAUGUGUCUUUUGUCUUUGCUGUCCUUGCAGAGGUUGCUUGUAUCGUUGGAGAAGUGCUCAUGUGUAUCGAAAGACUUUCUUCUUCGGGCAUCUCGAAAAAUUUACUGGCAGGAUUCGUAUUUUUGUCGGUUGCUCUUUUGUUAUUCUUCAUUGCUUUAGCAUCCCCAUACUGGGUAUAUGCAUCUGAGGGAGAUCAAUUUACCAGCCUUGGUAUCUGGAAUUAUUGUGAUAACAAACUAAAUGUGUACAGGGACGUUGAUUAUCAAACCUGGUGUGCGAGCGUCCUGAGUUACUCCUACCUGACGGUGCUUAAUUUAGGCUUGUUGCGGUUUUUACAAGCUAUUGUGGUCACUGUGCUGCUUCUAUUAAUCACAGCAGUUGUUACACUGGGACUGAAAAUGUUCCGGCUAAAAGAUAAGAAAUUCCCAUUAAGAGCGAGCAUGAUUGCCAAUGCUGCUGCAGUCUGUUUCCUUCUUAUGAUAAUAGCUGGAGUCGCCGGAGGUUUGUCUCUAAUCCAAACAGUUGUACCAGGCGGCCAUUUACACGUGUCUUUUGCCUUUGCUGUCCUUGCAAUGAUUGCUUGUAUUGUGGCCGAGGUGUUUAUGGUUAUUGAAAGCUGUACUGUUCGAAUAUUUUCAUCAUAAAUUAUUU